AUGAACUUCCUCCGACGCCGUCUCUCUGACAGCAGCUUCAUGUCCAACCUGCCCAAUGGCUACAUGACAGACCUCCAGAGGCCGGACCCACCUGCUCCUCCUCCCCCCACCGCUUCCUCCCCUUCCCAGCAGGGUGCAGCCCCUGCCACGGCGCCCGUCCCUGCCCAGUCCCCGACCAAAGCUCCAGCACCAUCCCAGGCGCCAGCCAGCUCCCCUGCAGCUCAGGAACGGCGUCCUUCCCAGCUGGCUCAGCAGCCUCAACAAGCCCAGUCCUCCUCCUCCGGUGGUUCCUCUGGCUUCUUCAGCUCCUUCAGCUCCAUCACCAACGUGGUCAAACAGACGGCUGCAUCCGCCGCCGGGUUUGUGGAGCAGUCUGCCCCCUCUCCCUCCCUCUCUAAGAAGUUCAAGAUCCUGUUGGUCAUCGAUGAGCCCCAGCAUGAGUGGGCCAAAGUGUUUCGGGGAAAGAAGGUCCUUGGUGACUACGACAUCAAAGUGGAGCAGGCCGAGUUCUCAGAGGUCAACCUCAUCUCACAUUCAAAUGGAACCUGUAACGUGGACAUGCAGGUCAUCAGGGGCGGUACCAAAGUGGUCAGGUCUUUCAGGCCUGACUUUGUCUUGGUGCGUCAGCAUGCCUUCAGCAUGGCCCAGAACGAGGACUUCAGGAACUUGAUCAUCGGUCUGCAAUAUGCAGGCAUCCCCUCAGUCAACUCUCUGGACUCCAUCUACAACCUCUGUGACAAGCCUUGGGCCUUUUCCCAGCUGAUCAAUAAUCAGAAGAGGCUGGGUUCUGAUAAGUUCCCUCUCAUUGAUCAGACUUUCUACCCCAACUACAGAGACAUGAUUACAACACCAAGCUUCCCAGUAGUGGUGAAGAUCGGACAUGCCCACUCUGGAAUGGGAAAGGUCAAAGUGGACAACGUGAGUGACUUCCAGGACAUUGCAAGUGUGGUGGCCAUCACUCAGACCUACUGCACUACAGAGCCAUUCAUAGAUGCCAAGUACGACAUCAGGGUCCAGAAAAUCGGCACUGAUUACAAAGCCUACAUGCGAACAUCUAUCUCUGGUAAUUGGAAGAGCAACACCGGAUCUGCCAUGUUGGAACAAGUAGCCAUGACUGACAAGUAUAAGCUGUGGGUUGAUACUUGCUCAGAGAUCUUUGGAGGGCUGGAUAUCUGUGCUGUCAAAGCCAUCUGUGGCAAGGAUGGUAAUGACUACAUUACUGAGGUUGUGGGCUCAUCUAUGCAGUUGAUUGGCGAUCACCAGGCAGAGGACCGCCAGCUCAUCUCAGAGGUGGUGAUCACUAAGAUGAACCAAGCACUGGCUGCCAGGUCGUCUAGUGCUUCCCGCUCACCUGCUCGCUCCCCUCAAGGCCAGAAGCCAACUACUGUGCAGCCCCAGCAGAGUGCUGCCCCUAAGGAAGGACUGGCAGAUCCAAACAGGACCUCAGGCCAGCGCCCUCAACCUCAAGGUGCGCCAGUGAAAUCACAGAGUGUGGACCCAUCAUCAGAGUCAGCUAAGAGAGCAUCUGAACCAGUACCAAAGCCUGGCCAGGCCCAGAGACCCGGUCCAGGCCCAGCCCAGAAACCAUCCCAGGCUCAGAAGCCAAGCCCGGUUCAGAAAGCUGCCUCAGUCACAAAACCUCCAGUGCAGAGGCCUCCCCCGAUGACGAGAGCCCCAUCUGUCACAAAGUCAGCCCCAGAUUCUGCUUCCAUCCCAGCCCCAGCCAAAGCUUCAUCAUCAUCCCCAGCUAAAGAAGCAGCCGCGGCAGCUCCAGGCUCUCCUCCAACCAAAGCAGCAGCAGCUACAGCUCCAGGCACCCCUCCUGUCAAAGCUCCAGCCCCAUCUUCUCCCUCAGUUUCAGCUCCUACAACAGAGCAGCCCAAGCCCCAGCCUCAGGGCUCCCCAUCCCCAGCUCCUGGCAAACCGAAAGAGCUUCCCCCCAAACCCACACCACCUGCAAAGCCCAUCCCACCUGUACGCAGGAAUUCAAAGCCGCAGCUCCAGCCAAAGCCACAAACCCCGCCUCCUCCCAAAGCUUCACCCAAACCCCAGCCUGCUGCACAAGCCCCAGCACCCACUCAGGCCUCUGAUGCUGCCUCAGCCCCUGCCCCAGCACAGGUUCAGUCCCCAGCCAAAGCCAGCCAGUCCCCGCCCAAUAUCCAGUCUCCAGCUAAGGCUCAGGCCCAGACCAAACCAGCCUCUCCCUCUCCGAACCCCGAGUCUGCCCCAGCUGAAGCAGCUGCGGCCCCUGCUGAAGCCCAGGCCCCUGUGGAGGAACAGCCAGCAUCCCAGCAAAAGACCCAUCCUCUGCUGAAUAAGUCCCAGUCCCUGACCAAUGCCUUCAACGCUUUCAGCGACUCCUCUUUCUUCCGCGGGGUCUCGAGCUCCGGAGGCGAUGGCCAAGAUGAGGCAAAGGCAGAGACCAUUCGCAACCUCCGAAAGUCCUUCGCCAGCCUUUUCUCUGACUAG